UAAAAGGCCCAUUAAAAGACAAAGCCCAAUUUCCAGACCCACGACAUCUAUCUGCAAAAUCACUUUUCAGGAAAUUCUUCUAUUUCUGAUUCGGAACAGAAAACCAACGAUUUUUAGCUUCCUCAAAACGAUAGGAUCGGAUUUUGUGUUUUGUCUUAUUCAUGUGAAGGUUCCUUUUCAGCUGUAGAGGGAGUCUCUCAGGUGACUUCUAGUUUGGAGUUGGAGAAUGGCAAAUGGGAGUAAUGUGGAUGCUCAAACUUUGGAGGAGAGUUUGCAGCAUUUGCCAAAUAGGACUAUUGAAGACACCUUGCAGAGUGAGCUGGGAAGGAUACUGCAAGAGCAGCGUAAUCAGCAGUAUACCAAUCGAGAUCGUGGUUAUGAUAUUUAUAGGAGUGGAAGUGCACCUCCAACAGUGGAGGGAUCAUUAAGUGCUUAUGGUAGUCUGAGGAACUCUGAUUUCAGAGGGAAUAAUAGUGUGAGGAGUAAUAAUAAUGGAUUUCUGACUGAAGAUGAGAUUCGAUCACAUCCGGCCUAUCUUUCGUAUUAUUAUUCACAUGAGAGCAUUAAUCCCAGGUUGCCGCCACCAUUGUUGUCAAAAGAAGAUUGGCGUGUUGCACAAAGGUUUCAAGUUGGCGGGUCUUCUUCAAUUGAGGGAUUUGGAGACUGGAGGAAGAAUGCGACCCCGAAUGGCGAUAGUUCAUCACUAUUUUCAAUGCAACCAGGAUUUUCAGUACAGCAGGCAGAAAAUGAUUUGAUGGAACUGAGGAAAGCCAGUGGACGGAAUCUCUCUAGGCAGAGUUCAACUCAGCUACUCGAUAGACAUAUGGAUGGUUUGGCAAGAAUGUCAGGAACUGGUCUUGGUGGGAGGAGGACGUGUUUUUCUGACAUUCUGCAGCAGGAUGGACUUGAUCAACCUGCUUUGUCUAGCAAUAUGUCACGUCCAGCAAGUCACAAUGCAUUUGGUGAUAUAAGGGACUCAACUGGCAUUGUUGGUCGCGAGUCCUUGGAAGGGUUGCGUUCAUCAGCCUCUACCCCAGGUUUGAUUGGACUUCAAAACCAUGGUGUAAAUGUUUCUCACAGUUUUUCAUCUGCUGUGGGUUCUUCUCUGUCAAGGUCGACGACUCCUGAAUCACAUGUUAUUGGGAGACCAGUUGGAUCUGCUGUUCCUCUAAUGGGUAGCAAUGUGUUCUCUGCUGAGAAAAGUGGUAUUGGCAUGGGUAACCACAAUGGUCACACUUCCAAUAUGACCGAUCUUUCUGAGAUGGUGUCCUCUUUAUCAGGGUUAAAUUUAUCAGGUGCUAGACGUGCAGAGCAAGAUAGUCUUUUGAAAUCUAAGAUGCAGUUGGAAGUUGAUAGUCAUGCUAAUGUUCUGUUAAGCACGCCGAACAAUGUUAAUUUACCCAAACAUAACGAGCUUGCAACAGACCUUAACACAUUUAGUUUGAACGAGCGAGUCAAUCUACUGAAAAAAACUGCUUCUUUUGCUAGUCUCCGUUCAAAUGUGCAUUCUUCUGGAAAUAUAACAAGUUUGCCAAGUAUAGACUUCACUAGCCAAGUUCCUGGUGCAUAUCCUGCAAACACAAAAUUGAAUAAUAUGUACAAUAAUCAUAUUGAGACAGCUUUGAGGGGUCGCAGAGAUGGACAAAAUUUAGAUGCUCUAGGAAAUCAAGUUGGUUCUGAAUUCAAUUCCACAACUAUGGAUCCACGCAUCAUCCAAUGUUUGCAGCAAAGUUCUGGUUACUCCAUGCAUGGAAUGAGUAGUUCUGGUGAUCCAUUUCAAAUGAGAAAUUUCUCUGAUGCUUCACAUGGAGACUUAGAGGGACUUCAGAAAGCAUAUCUCGAGACACUUCUUAGUCAACAAAAGCAACAGUAUGAGCUCCCACUGCUGAGCAAAUCUGGGCUUCUUAAUCAAGGUUUCUUUGGGAGUCAGCCAUAUGGUCUUGUAAUGCCACAUCCAGGAAAGCAGAUAGCCAAUUCCUCGCUUCCUUCUCUUGGAUCUGGAAAUCCACUGUUUGAUAAUGAACGUUUAUCUCGCAUAAAUACUAUGGUGAGAAGUUCAAUGGGAGGUUCUGGCAGCACAUGGCAUGCUGAUAUUGCCAAUAACAUGGAGACCAGGUUUGCUUCAUCCUUGCUGGAUGAAUUCAAGAACAACAAAGCCAAACCAUUUGAACUUUCAGAUAUUACAGAUCAUGUAGUACAGUUCAGUACUGAUCAGUACGGUAGCCGCUUUAUUCAGCAGAAAUUAGAAACAGCUCCUGUAGAAGAGAAGACCAAGAUAUUUCCUGAGAUUGUUCCUCAUGCUCGUGCUUUGAUGACUGAUGUCUUUGGCAAUUAUGUCAUACAGAAAUUUUUUGAGCACGGUACAGAUAGUCAAAGAAAGGAAUUGGCCAGUCAACUUACAGGUCAUGUUUUACCUCUUAGUCUGCAAAUGUAUGGUUGCAGAGUGAUUCAGAAGGCCUUGGAGGUGGUUGAUGUUGAUCAGCAGAGUCAAAUGGUGUCGGAGCUCAGUGGUGCAAUAAUGAAAUGUGUACGUGACCAAAAUGGAAACCAUGUUAUUCAGAAGUGUAUAGAGUGUGUCCCUCAAGAUAGAAUUCAGUUUAUCGUCUCAUCUUUUUAUGGGCAAGUUGUUGCGCUUUCUACCCACCCUUAUGGGUGCAGAGUUAUUCAGAGGGUUCUAGAACAUUGUGAUGAUCUAAGUACCCAAGAAAUUAUCAUGGAAGAAAUCAUGCAAGCUGUCUGCACUUUAGCACAGGAUCAAUAUGGAAAUUAUGUCAUUCAGCACAUCCUCCAACAUGGUAAACCACAUGAACGGACUGUUGUUAUCAGCAAGCUUGCUGGGCAAAUUGUUAAGAUGAGCCAGCAAAAAUUUGCUUCCAAUGUCAUCGAGAAAUGCUUGGCUUUUGGCAGUUCUGAAGAACGUCAGAUUUUGGUGAAUGAAAUGCUUGGUACCUCUGAUGAGAAUGAGCCUUUACAGUGUUGCAUGAACGAUGAUGCAACAUGCAAUAUGCAGGCUAUGAUGAAAGACCCUUUUGGAAAUUAUGUUGUGCAAAAGGUUCUCGAGACUUGUGAUGAUCAAAGUCUUGAGCUGAUCCUUUCUCGCAUCAAGGUCCACUUAAAUGCCCUGAAGCGAUAUACUUACGGAAAACAUAUAGUUUCUCGUGUAGAGAAGCUGAUAACCACUGGAGAAAGGCGCAUAGGGUUGUUGGCCUAAUUUAUCACAUCCUCAAGCAUCCUAAUUGCAAGUCUUGAGGACAAGGAGCCCAAUUUCCAAUCACCACAUUCCUUUUUGUACAGUCAACAUAGAUGUUAAUAUCACAAGUUUUUCCUCUGCAAGACAUAUAUCUAUGUAUAGCAUUGGAGAUAAACACAGUCAGAUGAGUGACUGGAAUAACUAUUUUUCUCACUUUGCUGGAUUUCGUUAUUAGUACUUGACAGAAAAUCUCCAGUGAGAGUUAACAUAGGAUGUCAAGUUUAGAGAGUCGCGACAAUGUGUAUUUAUUGUAUGUAUGAGAUCCAUUGUCUGUAAAGGAAAUAAUGGCAAAUAAGUUAUUGUAGUAACCAGAGUCCCUAGAUCAGGCUCUAAACUCUCAUUUCAUAUAUGUAAAUAAUGCUACAACUUUCUUGAGUGCACUUUUGUUUUGAUUUUAUUGUAAUAAUAAUUGAAUUGAUCCUUAUGAUUGGAAGUCAAUUACCCUGAAGAGAAGUAUUUUCUGUUUACGGGGAUUCUCUAUUUCUCAAUGUAACAUAUGAGUAUGGUAUAGUAUAACUAGACAGUGAUAGCAUGAGUUUUUCAUAAGGAUGCAGGAGAUUCAAAUUGGAAGCAGAUUAUUGGAUAUAGGUAGUCUUGGGAAAUACUACAUGUAUUAUGUGACACUUAUUGACUGGUUUUUGAUGAUGGUGCAUCAUUUUAGAUUGGGAUAGUUUCACACUGGUGGAAGAAACAGACAUGAAAACUCAUGAAGAAUGGUAUUUUUGGCUAUGGAAGAUAAAAUUUGUUAGUAUCCUCUUUGGUGGUGUAUACUAUAGACGUGACAUUUAUUAUCCAAGCACGUGUUAUGUCUAUCAAAUGUAAAAUCCGUUAGUUUCCCUGUUUGUUUUUGUCAUUCUGAUUCAAACCCAUUUCAGCAAAUGUAUUCACCAUUUUCAC